AUGGCUACAACUCACAAAGCUAUAGUUGUCCAAGGUCCCGGCGUCGCCAAGGUCGUGGCAGACCGACCUCUGCCGCAACUCCGUGACGAUUACAUUCUCGUCAAGACUGUCGCCGUUGGCCUCAACCCCACCGACUGGAAGCAUAUUGAUCACGUCGUUACCGAGGCGGGCCCUGUCUGUGGAUGCGAUUAUGCCGGAAUCGUUGAGGCAGUAGGCCCUAAAGUCACCAAACCCUUCCGUGUCGGCGACCGAAUUGCUGGCGUGGCGCACGGCGCAAACGUCGUACAACCAGAAGAUGGCACUUUUGCCGAGUACAUUGUUGUCAAGGGGGAUGUGCAGAUCAAGAUACCCGACAAUAUUAGCUUCGAAGAAGCUGCUACCCUGGGGAUCGGCAUCUCUACCGUUAAUCAAAGCUUGUACCAGCAUCUCCAACUAGCUCCGGUUUCUGCCCCAACCAAGAAGCCCUCCAACAUCCUCAUCUACGGCGGAAGCACUGCCACGGGCACUUUAGCUAUUCAGUACGCUAAGCUCUCGGGCUAUACUGUCGUGACCACUUGCUCGCCUCGCAACUUCGACCUAGUGAGGUCGCUGGGGGCUGACGCAGCUUUCGACUACGCUGACCCGGAAUGCGCUGCCAAGAUUCGAAACUUCACCAACAAUGAGCUCAGCAUCGUUUUUGACACUAUUUCAGUUCCCGAGUCGGUUAAGAUCUGUUCAGAUGCAAUCCCCCAGACGACUCACGGUGCCAAGUACCACGCCCUGCUUCCUGUGCAGCACGUCCGCGACGACAUCCAGUCGUCCAUUUCGUUUGCAUACACUCAGUUUGGAGAGCCAUUUGUCUUCGGAUCGAACCAAGUUCCCGCUAAGCCUGAGGAUUACAGCUUUGCCGUCCAAUUCUGGGAGGAGGCUCGUGGGCUGCUCGCAGCUGGGAAGAUCAAGGUGCAUCCUCCCCGCGUGGGAAACGGGCUUGACGGCGUGCUCGAAGGAUUACAAAUGAUGAGAGAAAAUAGGGUCAGCGGUGAGAAACUCGUAUACAAGAUCUGA